ACUUAGCAACUGCCUGAUGAAGUUACAGGAGCGGGAGUGAAAGCGCACUAUUUAAAAUUGCAUUUAUUUAAGCAUGCUUUGAUAAAAUGGGGAAUAAGUGCUGUGGAAGUCGAUCAAUCCGGACUUCUUCUACGGGAAAAUGGACAUUGAAGAAGAAUAAAGUACAUCCUUUGAAUUCGUCAUCCGUAAAUGAACACCAUGCAGCUCCAUCCCAAGAUGUUGAUAUACCACCAACCCUUAUCUCUGAGCCAUCAAACAGUGAAUUGUCCACCGGGGACAGCAGCUUACCAAACACUUGUCCAGAUAAAGUGCCAGAGAUUCCAGUUAAUGCAGAUGACAACAAGACCAAGGAUUACCAACAGCCCAAAGAUGACAACACAACCAAGGAUUACAAACAGACCACAGAUGACAGCACAACCAAGGAUUACAUACAGACCACAGAUGCCAACAAGACCAAGAAUUACAAACAGACCAAAUAUGACAACACAACCAAGGAUUACAAACAGACCACAGGUGACAACAUAACCAAGGAUUACAAACAGACCAAAGACGACAACACAACCAAGGAUUACAAACAGACCAAAGAUGACAACACAACCAAGGAUUACAAACAGACCAAAGAUGAUAACAAGACCAAAGAUAACAAACAGACCACAGAUGACAACACAACCAAGGAUUACAAACAGACCACAGAUGACAACACAACCAAGGAUUACAUACAGACCACAGAUGCCAACAAGACCAAGAAUUACAAACAGACCAAAGAUGACAACACAACCAAGGAUUACAAACAGACCACAGAUGACAGCACAACCAAGGAUUACAUACAGACCACAGAUGCCAACAAGACCAAGAAUUACAAACAGACCAAAUAUGACAACACAACCGAGGGUUACAAACAGACCACAGAUGACAACACAACCAAGGAUUACAAACAGACCACAGAUGACAACACAACCAAGGAUUACAAACAGACCACAGAUGACAACAAGACCGUCCCUUUGCUGGAGAGCCAGAGGUCUUUAGCAGCCACUAGCAAGAUAGACGCUGUAUAUGCGGGCCAAGCAAGAAUACACAAAGUCUUUGAAGAACUACAGAAGUCUGAGGAAAAAUUAAUAUCUAAGGCUGACACGAAGAUUGAUACCCGUUUUAGUGAUAAAAACCAGACAAAUGUGCCAAGCAAAGAUCAAAGAAAACAUCCCAAAAGCUACUCAGAAUUAAAAAAUGAAGACAAAGAUGAUAAUAGUAAAAACAAGAUUUGUGACAAAAGAAAAUCAAAAGAUAUCCCACUUGCUAAUAUCACGUCUUUAACUCACUUUGAAAAACGAAAAGAACAUACAAAACAAUAUACAAAUGACUUUGAAGACACUCGUACAACUAAAUUUUUCAAGAAAACUACACAGGAAUUGAGACACGUUCCUAACAUUGACAAUGAAAUCACUGUUCAAGAUAUUCAAUUUGAAGAUGAGCAGUUUGAGUCUACAAAGUCAGACAAUACCAAAGAAAAGCCAGAUACAGAAAAAUAUAUCACAGACAAGGACUAUUUAUCUGAUGAUGAUGAUACAAGGGAAAGUGAGUCAGGAGAGGAGUCUGAGCCAGAGAAAUUAAGUAAGACAGACUCCACCAGUUCUGAAGACAUAAAUACUGAAACAAACAGUGAAACUGACACUAAUUUAAGCAUUUGUGUUCAUGAGGUUAAAUCGGAGCCUAAGCAAAUCCAAGCAUGGAAGAAUCUUGCUAUGAAACCAAGUGUUCAGAUGGUAUGGUUGCAAAACCGCAUCAAACUUGAGCAGUUUAUGAAAGAUAACAUUAAGCCACAGUUGAAAAUCAUUGAUAGACUCCGUGAAGAGGAUAUUGAUAUUGAAAGAAAGACUCUCAGUCCAAUCAACAAGAAAUACAAGUCUGGAACAUUGGAAAACCUUAAAAACAAGCGACAAAUCUCUUACAACAAAAUGCAACUAAAGAAACACAGAGAAGAGGGUGUGAAAAAAGAGAUUGAGAAACAUAAGUUUAGAAUGACCAAUGAGCAGGCCACAAAGGACUUCCCAAGACCAGCAUCCCCUGCUCUUAAAGAUCACAGUCCAAGUCCUGCUACCAGAGCCAAUUGCUUUCCUGCUAAAAGUGGCGCUAGGGGAUCCCAAGAAUCAAACUCUGGGAAAAUCAACUAUGUUGUGUUCAGUAGUACUGGACGACGUUUACACAAGUGUGUCGACCAGGCGCAGUUUAAAAAAAUGUUGGACAGUUUUAAAAACCACCACUCACCCAGGCCACCCACACCACCACCCCCAAAUAUGACAAUGUUUGAGAAAAUCAAAAUAAAGCAAGAAGCAGAGGAAAUAGCUUUGGCUAUAAGAAGAGAUGCCACAAAUGAGGGACAAAGGCAUCAACCCACUGAGGAAAGGCAUAGUCCUCAGCCUAUACCGCGACAGACAGUUGCAGACCAAGUUAUCGCAUUUGACGACAGAAAGGAAAAGUGCAAUAAAAAGGAUCUGGAAACGAAAAAGGAUUUAGACACAACAGAUGGCGAAAAAAGGUUGGGUUUAAACACUGAAGCAAGACAGUGCCAAGCUUCCCAGGAUGUUUCUAAACAAAAAGCUGUCACACAAACGUGGGACAGAUGUACCACAGAAGAUAAAGAAAAAGAUUAUCCUGUUCGUGAAGAGAGAAAGUGUCCAGAUAAAGCCAGUGCUGGUUCAAGCACUGGGCAGACUGAUUGUGAUAUAUCUAGGUACACUCCUAGACUGAGUACAAUAGGUGCAGCAAAUUUGAGAAAAGGUCAAACAGAUGAAACUUGGUCAGAUACUGAUUCGUCUCGGGAUGAGCAGCAAUAUAAGCGGCAAAAAAACAUAAACAAAACCAAUGAUGGCUUGUUACCAUCAAUAAAUGACACAUCUACCAUGCAAGACGCUAUGACUUUCUCAAGGAGACCAGCCAGAGGCAUUGACAACACCACAAUACCAGGUGUAUUGACUGAGAACCAGCCAUUACAGUUACCGCCAACCAGAAGUGUUCAAUCAAGACCAUCGUACCAGCCAUUACUGUUACAUGCAAACAGAACAGUGCAAUCAAGACCAUCAUAUGACACUAGGAAUAGUUCACCAAGAUUCCCUUAUAUCAGCAACCAACCUGCUACUCGGGUACCUUGUGCCACAAAAGACUCAAAUGGACUCACAAAUGACUCUAUGCUAGCCAAGCAACAGCCAUUUUCAUUUUCAACCGAGUCAUCAUUGGCUAAUUUCAAACAGUCAAAGCCAAGCCCUAGCAAGGCUAUGUCGUUGCCAACCCUGGAGAGAACAGUAAACGAGAGGUAUUGCCCACCAAAGAAGGCACGCUCAACACUCCUUCCAAAUAUCCAUGACUCUAGUAAUAUGACCUCAGAUGAACUUGAGGAAAUAAAAGAUCCAAAUCUUUUACAAAGACAAAUGACAUUUAUUGAUAUAAAAGAUCGAAAAUAACAUAUACUUAUAAAUUACGUGAUUUUAUGUUUUCCAAUUAAAAUUUAAUUUAAA